CACACCUUUUGCAUAUCUCUCUAGACUAAUUUAUAUAUAUUUAUAUUGUUUAUAUUCAAAAAAUAAAAAAUAAAAAAUAAAAAAUAAUAUCUUAUGCUAAGAGUGGAGAUUGAGGUUCUAUCUUUCAUCGUUAAUAGCUACGGAGCUUGAUUGUAUCAAUUCAAUUCUUGGAGAUUUUUUUUAAGCUGUGAAAUGGAUGAGAACUAGUUAUUUAGCCAGACUGCAUAAGACAAUUGCUUAAUUACUUUGGUAGAGAAGUGGGAUGUGAAGGUGGAAUUUCUCAUUUUACCAUCCCAUGUGUCCUUUACUUUCUAUUUUGUUGGACUUAGAUGGCCAUUCUCUCUCUAAGACUACUUUGUAAAAGAGAAACCGACAAAUCCCCAUUGUUAAUGGAGCAAGUACAAAACCCUGGCGAUCGUGAACAUGUCAUUGAAGUAAGAAAUAGCACUGAGGCUUCUUCAUCUGGUUCAACCCAUGAUACAAAUGUCUUGGACUCAUUGCAGCGUGAAGACCAGUCUUCUGCAACGACGAGGGCCUCUGGUUUUCAAAAUUCACUUUCUUCUGCUAAUGGUUCAAACUCACGAAACUCAUCGUUGAUUAGGAGAGGGGAUGGGCAUGGCCGUCGCCGUAGGAAUCCACUAAAUUCUGGGUUAUGGAUAUCUGUUGAUCUGGUUCUAACUGUGAGCCAGAUUGUUGCAGCCACUGUUGUUUUGUCUUUGUCAAGACAUGAACAUCCACGCGCUCCUUUGUUUGGGUGGAUUGUGUGUUAUGCAUCUGGAUGUGUUGCAACACUUCCUCUUCUUUAUUGGCGUUGGCUUUAUCGCAACCAGGCUUCAGAGCAAGAUUCAUCUCAGUCCCGUCAAGGGUCUACUCAGAGCAACCGUCCUACCUCUUUCUCCACCCUUUCAAUUGCAAGGAAUUCAGAGGGGGAAGGCCGGCCCACUGUUACACCCUCUAGAGGUGCUCAAAGUGUAGGAAUGCCAAAUCCAAGACUCAAGGCACUUGUGGAAUACUUCAAGAUGGCUUUAGAUUGCUUCUUCGCAGUGUGGUUUGUGGUUGGCAACGUUUGGAUUUUUGGAGGGCACUCUUCUUCCUCUGAGGCUCCCAACUUGUACUGGCUGUGUAUAGUCUUUCUCACCAUUAGCUGUAUUGGAUAUGCGAUGCCAUUUAUUCUGUGUGCCACAAUCUGCUGCUGCUUCCCUUGUAUAAUUUCUGUCAUGGGCUUCAGAGAGGAUCUAACUCAAAAUAGAGGGGCCACGCCAGAAUCAAUAAAUUCUCUGCCAACCUACAAGUUUAAGAUGAAGAAAACCAGAAAUGGAAAUGGUAGAGAAAUCAACUCAGGUGCAGGUGAAGGUGGGGUCGUGGCUGCAGGAACUGAGAAGGAGCGUGUGAUAUCAGGAGAAGAUGCAGUUUGCUGCAUUUGCUUGGCGAAGUAUGCAAACAAUGACGAGCUCAGGGAGUUGCCAUGUUCCCAUUUCUUCCACAAGGAGUGUGUCGACAAGUGGCUGAAGAUCAAUGCGUUGUGCCCACUCUGUAAGGCUGAGGUUGGCGAUAGCAUUUGAGUUCCGGAGCAAAUACCAGCCUGCAACAGGCGAAAAUAUGGCAGAUAAUGGCUUAAAUUGGUAAUAUAUUGAGAUUUAUAUUUGUCAUGAAUGACUCGUCGGUUCCCCAAAGUUCACUCUCAUCAUGCCCUUUUCGGGUGGUUCUUUUAGGGCCAAAUGUUGUAGUGGCUUGGUUACACAGCCAAUGCAAUUGUCUGCCUCUAUAAUAGAAAAAGAUUGUUAGAUUGUAAAAGGCGUUGUGCGGGAAAAGAAAACACGAUUAGAUAUGAAUAAUGUUGUAGGGAUUAUACUGAGCUUUGUUUGAGCAAUCAUGUUCCAGUGUCUCUCUGUGAAAGAUUAAAAAAGUAUUACUACUAUUUUCAUGUGAUAAUAAUUCAAGUCUGACUAUAAAUGAGUAAUGCUUCAUGCAAGGAUUUUGGACAA